GCGGGCGCGGCGCUGACGCCAUCGCGGCGCGCAGCGGCGGCGGGCGGCGGUCGGUGGCCGAUGGCCGCGGCGGAGCCGGCGGCGCGGAAGCGGCGGCCCCGGGGGCACUUCGCGGCGGCGGCGGGGCGGGCCAAGCGGCCCCGCGGCGGCGGGCGGCAGCUGGAGGCCGGCAUGCGCGGCAUCCUCAUCACCUGCAACAUGAACGAGCGGAAGUGCGUGGGGGAGGCCUACAGCCUCCUCGGCGAGUACGGGGACCUGCUGUACGGGCCCGAGCAGUUUUCAGAUCAUGAGGAGCGGCUGUCGGGAAGCGAGAGGGAGGAGGACGAGGACGAUGUUGAGGCUGCCCUGAAGAAGGAGGUCGGCCAGAUCCGCGCCUCGACAGAGCAGAAGCUGCGGCGGUUCCAGUCGGUGGAGAGUGGUGCCAACAACGUGGUCUUCAUCAGAACCCGGGGCAUAGAACCUGAGAACCUGGUGCACCAUAUAUUAAAGGAUAUGCAUGCCACUAAAAAGAAGAAAACAAGAGUCAUUCUGCGCAUGCUACCCAUUUCUGGAACUUGCAAGGCUUUUAUGGAAGAUAUGAAAAAAUACACAGAAACGUUUUUUGAGCCUUGGUUUAAAGCCCCUAAUAAGGGUACUUUUCAGAUUGUUUACAAAGCUCGUAAUAACAGUCAUAUGAGUAGGGAAGAAGUAAUUAAGGAAUUGGCAGGAAUUGUGGGCAGCCUCAAUCCAGAAAACAAAGUCGAUCUUAAUAACCCACAAUAUACAGUUGUGGUAGAAAUAAUAAAAAACGUCUGUUGCUUGAGUGUGGUGAGAGACUAUGUUCUGUUCAGAAAAUACAAUCUACAGGAGGUGGUGAAGAGCAACAAAGAAGACACACAACAAAACCCAUCAAAUCUGACAGAAGAACAGAACUUGAAGGUAGUAAAGCCAGAAACUGAAGAAGAGGAGAAGAGCUCAAGAGAAGUAAAACAAGAGAACAAGAAUCAAGGUGAAAUAGAAGCUGAGCCCAAAGGGAAUGAUGUGCUGACAGUGUAGAAAAUGUGGUAGAAGGGAAAGGUAAACACAGUUGAAACCUAUUAAAAAAAGUUGCCCUAGAGUUCUGAAAGGGCAUUUUAAAGAGGAGAGUGGGUUUUGUUUUGAAAUCUUGUUUUUAAAAUCCACAUCUGUAAGAAUUUUAAUGCUCGUUGCAGGUGGAGCUGACAUUGCAGCAGAUAUGAGAGUGCUCAAGGUUGUAUCACCUUUCUGGUGAAGCUUCCUGUCAUUCUUCUGUGGCUUUGUUCUGCAUUGCCUUUAUCUAGCACAAAAAGCAUGAGUGUAUGCAUGCAUAUGUAAAUUUAGCCAUCCUGACAUAUAUUGACUUUCAAUUGUUUCAUCUGAUGGCUACAGAAAGCAAAAGGCAGUGCAGAAUCAGCUUUAUCGGGAAGUAUUGACAGAAGCAAGAGAUCUGAAAGAGACAGUUGAUUGCAGAAAGUUUUUAAGGAAGUGAUCUGACAACUUGUGUGACUGCAAAACUCAAUAUGUUUUUCUGUGUGAAUAACAGAAUGAACCAAAACUGAUCAUCUUCUGUAUGAUGGAGGGUUAUAUAUAUAUAUAUAUAUACAUAUAUACACAUCGCUCUAUAAGGACACGCUGUCUUGAGAGUGAAUGGGAAGAACUGCUAUGAUCAGUAUACUUGAAUACUAUGAGAUGAUUUAGAACAAUGGAUUUGACUGUUCUAGAACAGCAGCAGUAUAGUGCAGGCAUGGCAAAUGGUUUUACCAAAAACUACAUGUGUGUUUACAUUAGCUGUGUAUACAGCAGUUACUGGUUUAUAGGAAGUGCUGUAGUCACUGAACAGAAUCCUUUUGAGUAAUUUCCUGCAACUAGCCUUUUGCUGCUCUUUCCAAAGACAUUAUCCUUGGGGGUGUGUUUUACAAAGUCUUUUUCUGUUUAUAUUUUUUUCUUGGGUCGCAAAAUUUGAAUUUCAGUACUGUUUGGAAACUUCUUAUGAAAGAAGCUCUCCAUUAUACUAUACUGGCUAAGGGGAAUUAAGUUUUAGCCUUACAGCAUUCAUUUUGUUUCAGAUUGAAAGUAAUGUGAGUCUUUCUGUUGUCUGUUACAGCAGCUCCUUUGAUAUCCCAGUGACUUACAAAACCAGUGCAGCUAUAACCUGCUUUCCAAUAGGGUUUUGAGUAUGCUUUCUGUACAGCUGUCUAGCUUUAGUAUUUAAUUUCUAGCAUAAAAGCCUGUGAGUUGCUAAUGGGAAAAGACUCAACUUGAACACCACUUGUUACUUGUCUUGGUUUAAUGAAAAGGAUGUAUGCAAGUCUCUCGACAGUGUUUAAUUUAUAUUUUCCUCUCAAAAUUGUUUUAGACUUUGGAAAAUUAAGACAACUUUUCCCUAGUCCUGUCUCCCUUACCACCCAUUUAUUAAAUCUGCUUUCUUACCUCCA